ACCUAUUUUUUAGUUUCUCGUAAUAAUUUCGCUGACUUUAGUGUGUUAGCCCAUGAUGAUGCAUGAAGAGCUGUAUGAUUACUUGAACAGACAGCGGUCGGUGGGUUCGCUCCGCUGGUUCCUGGAGGAACCGGACCCUCCGGCCCCUCUGCCUCUCACCCUGUUGCAGGAGUACCUGCAGAAGCUCCUGGAGAUGAAGAUGCACAUCAGUGGGAAUCUGUCCAAGAAAUACCAGCCUAAGAAGAAAGAGGAAGACGAGAAUAAGUACACAUGGUGUCGCGCAUUUCAUUCGACGCUAAACGAGCUGAACGAUUACGCCGGACAGCAUGAGGUCAUCGCAGAGAACAUGACGUCACAGAUCAUCGCCGAACUCACGCGAUACGCACAGGAAAUCAAAACAGAGAGGAAAGCGCAUUUCCAUGAUGGACGGAAGGCACAGCAACAGAUCGAAGCCAAUUGGAAACAGCUGGAAUUGUGUAAGAGGAAGUUUGAGCGGGACUGUAAGGAAGCAGAUCGAGCCCAGCAGUACUUUGAGAAGUUGGACGCAGACAUCAACGUGACGAAAGCAGAUGUGGAGAAGGCACGGCAGCAGGCUCAGAUGAGACACCAGAUGGCUUCUGACAGCAAGAAUGAAUAUUCCUCAUACCUGCAGAAGUUCAACCAGGAACAGAACGAACAUUAUUACACCAUCAUCCCUAAUAUUUUCCAGAAGAUCCAGGCGAUGGAGGAGAAGAGGAUCGAGCGAAUGGGUGAGUCGCUGAAGACGUUUGCGGAGGUCGACCGACAGAUUCUGCCCAUCAUCGGGAAAUGCCUGGAUGGAAUAACACAAGCGGCCGAGUCCAUCGAACCCAAGAAUGACUCCUCUCAGGUCAUAGAGUCGUAUAAGUCUGGGUUCGAGCCUCCUGGCGAUGUGGAGUUCGAAGACUAUGGUCAGGCGAUGAAGAGGACGGUGUCUGAGACCAGCCUCUCUAACUCACGCUCGGACAACAAAGUGGACCGUUCCAGCAAGGGCAAGAGCAAAACUCUCUGGCCUUUCAUUAAGAAAAACAAGGUAACACACACCGGCGUCACAUUCACUCGCAGUUACUUGGAUUGGACUGAAAACAAAACUCAAGUAAAUAUGAACAGCACAGACAGUAACUUCCUUCUCCGGCCGCCCAUCGGUGCUGUUCUCAUGGUAACCACAUUCUUCUUCCUUUUCCUCGUCUUCCUCUGUCUUCUUGUGACCUUUGACAUUUGUGUCAAAGGCUCCGCUCUUACUGAGCAUGCUCAGUCCAAACCCCGCCUAACCUCGCAGGACCAGGAUUGUAACCACCGAUUCAACGACCUCAUGACCUCCAAGCCCAAAAUGCACUGCUUCAGGAGCCUCCGGCGCGGGUCUGCCCAGUCUCUCUAUUAUAAUAAAGAAAUCAUGAAGAGGACUCUCGGUCGGCCUACAUAUGCUUUCGAGGCCAGGCAAUAUGUCCUCUCUUUAAAGCUGCUCUCACUCAAUGCCCACGUGCGGAACCUUAUUGAGAGGGGUUCAAAUCCUGAGGACUUCAGUCAUCUUCCUCCAGAGCAGAGAAGGAAGAAGCUUCAGUCGAAGAUUGACGACAUCAAUAAAGACAUACAGAAAGAGAUGGACCAGAGAGAUGCUUUGACUAAAAUGAAGGAAGUGUACAUAAAGAACCCACAGAUGGGGGAUCCCAACAGCGUGGACCCUCGGUUAGCAGAGAUCGGCCACAACAUUGAGAAACUGCAGGCGGAGGCUCAGAAAUUCGAGGGCUGGUUAGCGGAGGUCGAAGGAAGGAUGCCAGUAAAGAGUGACCCUCCACGGAGGACGAGUGCCCUGUACGAGACCCAAAACAGCACACCACCCACCACUAACAACAACUGCGCACAGGAUAGAGAGAGCAGUCCGGAUGGCAGUUAUACAGAGGAACCGAGUUCUGAGGUCCAGAGUAAAGUCCAGCCCGAAACGGCGGAGUCUGGAGAUGAAUUUGAUGAUGCAGAUGAAGAAAUACUACCCACCAUCGGCACCUGCAAAGCCCUCUACCCGUUUGAAGGUGUUAAUGAAGGCACCAUCUCAGUAACGGAGGGUGAGCUCUUGUAUGUAAUAGAGGAAGACAAAGGUGACGGAUGGACGCGUGUUAGAAGAAACGAGGAAGAGGAGGGUUACGUCCCCUCAUCCUACGUCGAGGUCUUUCUGGACUCCAACGCCAAAGGUGCCAUAACCUACAUAUGACCCAAAGCUUUAGGUCCUGUGAAGUCUCAGAAGUGUGUUUGUGUAUAUGAACACUGAAGGAGACGGCUAGGGUGUGUGUGUGUGAUCCUAAAUCUCUCCAAGCCAACAAUGUGACUUUUUAGACUUUUUUUCUGAAACUGAAUGGCUAAAUAAUUGUAUGUGUCUUAGCACAUGAUGGUUUUAGAUAUUAGCCCACCGUAGUUUAAUAUGGCGGUAGUAUCUUGUCAUUUUGAGUAGCAAUGCAUGUUAGAUCACUCCAACUAAAUGUAUAGACAAAUGCAACACACACAUAUAAGAGGAGACACAUACAAGUUUUUGUAAUGUUUUCAUAUGUAAAUGAACUUAAGGUCAAAUUAUGCUAGUGUUUUUCCCCCGAAAAAACAAUUUCAUAACCACUAGUCAAGCGCUAGUAAUAAUAACCAGUUUACAAGUCGCAUAAAAUAGUAUCAUUUCCUUUUCACAAAAUAUAUUUGUGUAACACGUGUUAGACAAAGACUGCCUUUUUGCUUCUUUAGCUGUAUUAUUUGUUGACAUUGUAUUCAAUCUCAACACUUGUACUUGAUAUUGAGUCUUAAAAAGAAGAAAUAACCCUGGAAAAAACAAAUGAUUUACAAAAACAUCAUAUAAAUGUGUAAAAGCAAAGUAUGCAUUCAUUAAACAUGAUUGCAUAGUAUGUGCCACGUCCACACAAUCAUGUUUGGUGCUCCUGAUCUUUAUUCCUAAGAGCUGAGAUGAAAUAUGACGUGAAUAUGAACCUUUUCUGAAUGUUUCCUCACAGAUGUGUUUUCCUGGAGAAGGGUUUGUCUUUCUGAGGAUUCGUAAAGUAUGGAAGGAGGACUCAGUGGUGCAGGGCAAACAGCAGCCAUAUGUGUGGAAAACUACAGCCUACUCUCCAUGAACCGCCCUAGAGUGAGACAGAUGAGAGACAGACACAAAACAAAGAGAGGAACAGAGGAA